CGCGAAAAGUAAACAGAGAAAGGUCGCUGGGAGGGUUGUUCACCUCGACGAGGAGACUCGAAAAACUCCCCCAGAGUUAAAAUUCACCACAACUCGCUGGCUCUGAUCUGUCGAUAACCGCACCGGGAUCCUCUUCUGAAUUCCGCGAGAGGGGGCAUUGUGUCUCGAUAUUCACGGGAUUGCGCAAAUUGUGAUUGCAUUUUGCUGUGUUUUUGUGUUUUUGUUAGGAGAGACGAAAGAGUCUUGACUGGCAAGGAAGGAGUUGGUUCUGCUGGACGCGUUUUAUAGAGGAAUAAGCAACGCGACUGCACUUCGCUCUCAUACCGACUCGACUGUCUAUCACGACUUACAAUCUGGUCUUUCAACAUCUUGGUUUUUCGAGAUACCUUGAGUUUUCCUCCCGCUUGUGUGAUUAUAUAUUCUCGACCACGACGACUGCUACUGCAAAGAACAAACACCCAAGAUGGCAAUGUCGAUGAACAGAGUCGUGCUCGCGAUUCGCUCAAAUCUGCCGGACGAGAUGGAUUGGGCACUGCAGACACUUGUGCGCAUGUCCUUCGAAACCCCCGACGAUUUACACCUCGAGCGAUUCCCCAAUCUAGGCCCGGCCCUGCUCGAAAAGUUGAACAGUAUAGAUCAGUUUCCGAAUUUUCGCGAACUGAUGCAGGAUGGCAACGACGACGAGGAUCUGGGGGUCGGCGUUGGAUCGGUGACUCCGGAGCGCAAGCUGCUGGAUAAGAUUCUGGAAGCGGCGUUGGUGCUGCGCAACGCGGCGAUUAAUCCUGAGAACGCGCGAUAUCUCUCACGGCACAGGGUAUGCCAGGCCGCGCUUGUCAAGUGUCUUUUGUUGCCUGACCGGCCAUGUUUUGUCGAGCUGCGGCAGUACUCUCUUGAUAUCUCAGAGUCGGUUGCGUUGUUCAUGCAGCCUUCGUCUAGCCAGGAUCCACUGUUCAAAGUCCUGCUGCCAUAUCUAAAAAGCGACGACAGAGGCGUCUUGAUUGCUGCCAUGAGGUCCGUCGCCCGACUCGUCAUCAGUGUCGAAGCAAACUUGCUACAAGCCAUCGAUCCCGCCAUCAUAUCCAGGAUAUGCGCCCUGAUCCUUCUCGACGACGAGCCUUUACUUUCCGUCUGUCUGGAUUUCCUGUAUCAGUACACGUCGUCGUCCGACAACGUCGAGUUGAUCGCCGACACGGUGGACUGGCGAGAACCGAUACAGCAGCUUGUGCGAUUACUGCUCUAUCAGGCGAGAGAGUGGAGACCGGUCGAUCCUACUGUUCCGCAGGUUGCGUAUACGGAAAACAAACCUCCGCCUCUUGGGCCGCCUGAACUUCCGCAGUCGUUGAUUUCCGAGUUGCUUUUGUUUUCUGAGCCCGAACGAGCUACGCAGUGGAUGCGUGUAUGUUUUGAAGAAGACCCCGACGGCGACGUCACGCAAAUCGCGCUCUGGAAAGCCUACGAAUCGCGGUUCGAGGAGUUUGUCGCACAAGGCAAAAAACUGCUUCCCGCGGCUGACUUUAUCAAGAACGUCACCAUGGCGUUCCGAAACGCUGCGGCGAUGGUCGUUACUUUACCUGGCGGCCAGCAAAAGUUCAUCAUCAAGGGUAUCAGGCCCAGAGAAGUGCCACUGUCUUUGAAAGGAGAGCUGUUUAUUUCGUGUCAGUGGGAUAUGGGCGGGAACACUCGGUGUAGCGGUAGCUAUCCAUCUGUGCAGGAUCUGUUUCUACAUAUUCUGGCGGUCCAUGUGCCACCGCCGCGGGGGGCGGCAAAGCCGGAAAUAUACUAUUGCAAGUGGCUCAACUGCACAAAGUUUGACCCGGAAGGCUGCACCGAUCGACGGAAGGUGGCAGCUCACAUCACAACGCACAUCCCCGAUCCGCAGGACAACAAGCCCAAGCCGUUUCGCGACCGGCUGAACCCCUCCGCGGCUGCGGGGCAUGUGACUUCACUCGACGCGAUUAAUUCGCAGAAGCUGGUGUUUGUUAAUAAGUUGACUGUAGUGGACGAGAAGGGCGAGGCGACGGGGAUUCCGCUCACGUCGGUGCUUAUUCUGCGGAAUAUCGCGAGGAGUGAUACGGGGAAGAAGUAUCUGAAGGGAUACAUCCAGGAGCUGCUCGGAGUCGCGGCAGUUAACGUACCGCUUAGAAGCUAUUUGUCUGAUUUGCUUGACCACAUAGUCGAGAAGCAGAGAGGAGCUAUCGUCUAG